AUGUCACACCAGACCUCCCCCUCCAUGACAUCCCUCCCUCUGUCUGAAACUCCAUCUGACACCCCGAAGAAACAGAAGAUGAGCCUGGGUGCUCGAUUGAAAGGCGUUCUAGGGAAGAGGAGGAGCAGCAGUGGCAACACAAGUAUCCCCCAAGGCUCUCGUCGGCAAUCGUCUGAGACCCUGGAAACCCUUGGGCUACAGGGUUUCGACGAACCCAACCCGACACCCCCAUCUCCUCCCCUGAGCACAGCAUCACUGCAUCAAGAACAACUGUCGCCCAGUCUGAAAUUGGGCACUAGGCCAGAGACUCUCUGGAUGCCAUUCAGAUGGCUCCAGGCACCAGAAGCACCACAAGAAGCAGUGGAAGGGGAACAAGAAAAUGAGAUCCACUAUUGGCAAGCAGUGUCAAGAGCAGCCAGUAGACUGGAGCAAGAGCAAGGAGGAGCCCCACGCCUACCAAGGCAUAGUCCAGUGGUACCAAACCCAAUACAACCAAUCCUCCAGUCUCUUGCCGAGUUCAUCAAUACUCCCAACUCUCCAUUCCAGAAACCUGCCACUUCUGCCAGCAGCCCUGACUCCUGGACAAGACCAAUUGCCAGGAUUGUCAAUGCCGAUGACUACUAUCACUGGCAGUCACCACUCCUCGACGAAGACCACCCGCUAUCAUAUAGAACAGACACCAUCACCAAAACUGAUGAUAUCCCUGUCUGGAGAGAUAGGAUACCGUCAGAUUUCGGAAUGAUCGGGGGCCAAUUGCUGCUCUCUUUCUUCGUCCCCAGUUCUAUAGAAACUUCUGCUGGUAUCACAGAGCAGUGGUGCCACCAGCAGAAGGAGAAGAGGAGCAGCCCAACUGAGAGCCUACUCCUCGACCCGGAUCCGAUGACACUGAGUCAAGUACUCAGCCCCAACCUACCCACCCCGGAAACCUUUGGCCAGCAAAGCAGUUCCCUCCUCGAGGGGACCACCAACAAGAGGGCCAAAGGGGACGAUGAGGCCGAGGAGGAGGGCCAAGGGGACCAAGCAGUGGACCCUAUCCUUGAAUGGAGGAGCAUCAUCAGUAUGAUCACGUGUCAAGAACAGGAGAAGAAACGAUGA